UAACACCAAAGACGUUUAUGAAAGUUCUCCGAGGCCGGCGCAACGUGAUGCAACCAGAGGAGGACAGCUCUGAUCGCCACAAACUCGGCACACGAGUUUCCUCCCAAGCGCUGGAGACACAGGGCAGGUGGGUAGCAAUUGCCCGCAGAAACCUCGCCCUCUGCAUUAUUUUUGUCGGAGGGAUUCAUCUGGGGCCAGAAAAGCGCUCCUCCCCGGGUCACCUUUCCUUUAAAAGACCCGCCCCGAAGCCCCGCCCACUACGGAAGGCGACGGUGCCUCCCCACGGGGCCCGUGUUCUUCGUCCGGACCUUGGUCCGCGGCAGGGAAAGCCAGGGGCGUAGGCGCUGAGUGGCCCAGAGAACCUGAGGCGGAAGGACGGUCUCAGGGCCACCCCUGCGGCGGCGGCGCUGCGCUCGGCCGUGUCCCCGGAAGGAUGGCUGCUGUUUUUCUAAGGUCAAUAAUAUUACAAACCAUAAAGACUGAAAAUAACUGUCUUAGAAGAUGUUUGGGUAAAUACAUCGUGCAAAAGAUGGCACUAGCACAAUUGCCCCUUACUGCUUCUGUCCCAAGACUGUCCUACCUAAUUCAUGCAAAAGCUUUUAGUACUGUUGAAGACUCCCAGCAUGAAAGAAAAAAGAGAAAAAAUAGUGAAACUGAUUUUAGUAACAUUGGAAGAAAAAUUAGUGAGCGAAUCAUUCAUGUAUUUGAUGAGAAGGGCAAUGAUUUGGGGAACAUGCACCGAGCAGACGUGAUUCGACUUAUGGACGAGCGAGACCUGCGACUUGUGAAAAGGAAGCCCAGCACAGACCCUCCCGAGUACCAGCUCAUGACAGGCACACAGAUUCACCAAGAGCGGCUGAGACUGAGAGAGAGGGAAAAGGCCAGACCUAAGACUGGACCUACUCUGACAAAGGAACUAAUUUUUUCUUCAAAUAUCGGACAACAUGAUUUGGACACAAAGAGUAAACAGAUUCAGCAGUGGAUUGAGAAAAAGUAUAAAGUUCAAGUUACUAUAAAGAAAGCAAAGAAUGCAGAAGAGCCAGAAAAUAAAAUGGAGGAGCUAUUUAAUCAAAUCCUCCAGACUAUGCCUGGAAUAGCUACCUUCUCAUCCAGGCCACAACCUGUUAAAGGAGGAAAAGCUGUAAUAUGUGUUCUUCGUCAUUUGAGCGAAAAGGAAGAAAUUGCAUAUAGACAAACUCAAGAGACCCAGGAAGGAAACCCUUUAAACAAAGAAGAUGGAAACGACAAAAAAUCAGAUAUUCUGCAACAGUGAUUAAAGAAAAAUGUGCUUCUGAGAGAAAA